GAGCCAGCAGCGGGAGCCGCAAUCGCAGCUCCGGAGCAGCGCCGGGAGCGCGGCCGGAGCGUCGUGGGCUCCCGAACACCAUGGCCGAGUUCCCGUCGAAAGUGAACACGAGGACCAGCAGCCCCGCGCAGGGAGUGGGAGCGUCGGUUUCUGCGCUGCGCCCGGACCUGGGCUUCUUGCGAUCCGCCCUCGGGGUGCUCGCGCUACUGCAGCUGGUGCUGGGUCUGCUGGUAUGGGCCUUGAUUGCUGACACUCUGUACCACCUGUAUCCUGCCUAUGGCUGGGUCAUGUUUGUUGCUGUCUUCCUGUGGCUGAUGACAAUCGUGUUCUUCAUCAUCUACCUGUUCCAGCUGCACAUGAAAUUAUACAUGGUGCCCUGGCCGUUGGUGUCAAUGAUCUUUUUCGUUGCUGCCACGGUUCUCUACAUUACUGCCUUUAUCACUUGCGCUGCAGCGGUUGAUUUGACAUCCCUGAAGGGCUCCCGGCUAUAUAACCAGCGCUCAGCUGCCUCUUUUUUUGCUUGCCUGGUGAUGAUUGCCUACGGAGUGAGUGCUUUCUUCAGCUUCCAGGCCUGGCGAGGAAUGGGCAGCAAUGCGGCCACGAGUCAGAUGGCUGGGGGCUACUCUUAGGCCAACCGUGUUGUAGCCUAAGCUACGGCUGAGUCUGAGCACCGGGUUACCCCCAAUCUUACGGACUCAAGCUCUCCAGCACUCCUGAGGGCCAGGCUCAAGCAAGCACAGAAGAGCUGCCUAGAACCAGCAGUGGGGACCCCCCGCCCCAUUCCACAGAAGGUGAUGGGGGAUGUGGGCUCUCAUGGCUCUGCCUUAUCCAAGGACUUCAGUAACCCAGGCUGGGCCACCCUUCUCACCAGCACUAAAUGCACUAACAGAGAGAGCUUCAGCCUCCUUCCUGCCAUAGUAUAAGCCUAACAAACGACACGUUAUUUUUGUUCCAGGAGAAGCUAGGCAAGCCCACAGACUGUUCUGGUCUCACCCUCCCCUUCCUUGCCCCAAGCCUGUAGAGAGACUUUUAUAGGAAGAGUUGGGAUUUUGGACUGAACUAUUUCAAUUGGUUCUAAUGGUGGACAGCCUUGCUAUGUCCUCCCUCUUGUGUAACUCCCUCUUUGGGAAAGCUAGUUCAGGGUGCUUCCCCCAGGCUGCUGAUGAGGAAUAAGGGACUUCCAGAAGGGGGAGAAGGAAGCAGGGCUUUGCUUGCUGAGUUGUCAUGGAGUUGGUGACUUUAGUUUGGAACUUUUUUUUACAAUUAAAUAAAAAUAAGAGGUGUCUAUU